AUGUCUCUCACUUCCGCGCCAGCAGGUUGGCCUAUUGGGGCCUCGUUUGGCGCCUCCUUGUGCUGUUGCUCCUCUCCUGCCCUCCCAUUUCCUCCGCUUCCUGAUCUCCCAGAUCGGGCGUUCCCUUGGUGGUUACCCACCCCAGGCUCAUCAUCCAGUGAGACCUCUUCCGAUUCUCCUUCCUCCGAUGCCAUAUGGGCCUCCUCCUCCUCCUCGAUGUCAGCAGCAGCUGGCCUAUCAGCGAUCCCCUCCUCUGGCACCACCUCUGGCCUCCCGUGCCUUUCCCGCCAUGGACCGGAUCUGACUCGUUCUCGCGCGUUGGCCGCCACUCCCCGUUGCCCCCAUCCCCGCACCCCUGCGCACCCCUGUGCUCGGCCUCGUGUCCUUCCUCGCGUCCUUCCCACCGCACUUGGCGGUCGCAAACCUUCAUCCUCUUCUGGAAACUCGCCCGCUUCCUCCUCCUCCGCUCCUGCCGAUGACGGGCAAGGCCGCAAAGGCCCCUCGCCGGUCAGCCCUUCCGUCAUCUCCGGCGUCCCCGCCAUCAGCCUUGGAGGCCGAGUCCAUUUCCUCCCCCUCGGCACGUUCCUGCGCUGCUGCCAGCGCCUGCAGCGCCUACUCCCCCGUCAGCUCCUCCCCCGCCUGCUCAGCCGCCGCAAGCAUUGGUUCCACCUGCGCUCGCCUCCCUUCAGUUACAGCCGACGCCUGUCCUUCCUCCCGCAUCUCCUCCUCUACCGCCGUCGGUUUUGCCGGUGCAGCCUCCGCUCCCGACCGCUCCUCCUGUCCAGCAACCUCAGCGUCAGCAUCCCUUGUUCCCCGUCCCCGUCCUGCCACUGCUCGCUGGGGUGUGGUGAGUCUGAUUCCUUCGUCACCGGCAGAAGUGCCCCCAUGCUUGACGCCUUCCCUCGUGUUGGCCCAGCUUUCCCCGCUGUUGACUUUCCUUUUGUGUGCUCUCUCUCUCUCUCUGUCUGUGGUGAUGAUCCACUUUCCCGUGUCUGA